CUUAAGUGGAUUUUGGCCCCAGGCACUUCGGAACCCCCUUCAAUAGCAUCACUCAGGGCGGAGAUGAUUGAUGCAGGAUGCAUUUUCAGGAUGCCGAUGGACGACCUUUGAAGAAGCGACGGUUUUUCGCCGACGAUGAGGAGAUUUCGCUUCCUCACUCAGCCAGCGAUGGUCUCACUGCUACGAUUCCUGAACUACCGGCUUCGACCCUGUUGAGGUACUCCAAUGAGGAGUCCCUUGCUCAGGAGACCCAAGAUGCUACCUUGGCCUCGUCGCACUCACCUGUGGACUUACCGAAGCCCAGCACAGUCUCUCAUGAGGAGGCUUCUCCCACGACGCACGACUUGCCACCGUCCCAUUUGAGCAAAGAAACGUCGGAGCAACAGAAAACCGACGACGGAUUUGAUACGGCCACCUUCCUUGCCAUAGUCGGACAGGACGUCCCUGAACAUACCCUUGCCAGAAUACGCAAAGCGGCCGGUGGUGAUCUCGAACGCGCCGUAAACAUCUUCUUCGACGGGUCCUGGAAAAGCCCGCCGAAUGCCACCCUGAGCCAGACCACACUCCUGCCCCGCGAGCGAACCCUUCCCGCGCAACCAUCCCCUCCCACGAUCCGUACACCACAAAUCACCUCGAACGGGAUACCCGUCACAGAUCAAGCCAGUCCACGAGUGGCGUCACAACCGCACCUGAGAUACAUCGGGGCCUUCGGCGUCGGGGCGUGGGCUACAAGGAGUGGUGUGGGUCUCGUCAAGCAUGGAGAGCAUGUCAAUAUCGAGCGCGCGCGGUCCCAACCCGUUGCGAAACGGGGUCGCGCGGGCAAAAUGAUCAGCAACCAGAAGGGCGAUGUCCUCACGCGGUUCACGACGAAAUCCGGCCAGGAGAUCGGGCGUCUCCCUCGGGAAACGGCCGAAUGGGUAUCGACUCUGAUCGACCAAAAGGUUUGCAAGCUCGAGGGGGUCUGCGUCUUCGCGCCGGACAGGAUCCGUGUGAACGACACGAUUUAUCUGCAGCUGUGGUGCUAUCUGCGCAUCGAGGCGUUUCAACCUCAGAUUCUCGAUGACGCCACUGACGACAACAGGUCGACUACGAUCUUCGAGGAGAAGGAAAGCGUCGAAGAGAAGAAAUUGCGGCUCCGUCAGGUGGCGCUGGUGAAGCUCUUCGAUGAGAUCGGUCUCCAACCGACUUCCGUCAACGAUAUGACCAGGAAGCAUAAAAAGGAGGGAUUGCUGCGUGCGGCAGAGAUGGCCGAUCAGUAUGACCGGGUCAAGAAAGAGAACCAGUCGAACAACGACUCGUCGGAAGAGGAAGAAACCCCGGAGCUGGAAGAGGACCAGCUUGACACGCUGUACAAGAAGGCUCAGUCGUUCGACUUCAGCAUGCCAGAAGCGCAUCCUCCGUCCACAUUUACGAUGGAUCUGCGGAAGUAUCAGCGACAAGCACUGUACUGGAUGCUGGCGAAGGAAAAGAACAAGGAGUCCGCCAGGGAACAGUCUCUGCAUCCUCUGUGGGAACAAUAUUCUUGGCCCACGAAAGAUGUCGAUGACAAGGAGUUGCCGGCUGUGGAUGGAGUAGACCAUUUCUACGUCAAUCCGUACUCUGGGAUGCUGACCCUCGAAUUCCCAAAGCAGGAGCAACAUUGUCUGGGCGGUAUCCUGGCUGAUGAGAUGGGUCUGGGUAAGACCAUCGAGAUGCUCAGUCUGGUCCAUGCUCAUAGAAACGAGCCACAAAGUUCCGGUGGCUUGGUGAGGCUUCCACAGGCCUCUGCUGGCAGGGUUUCUGCUCCCUAUACAACCCUGGUCAUUGCACCGACAUCACUGCUUGCGCAGUGGGAGAGCGAAUCACUGAAAGCCUCUCAACCCGGGUCGAUGAAGGUCUUGAUGUACUAUGGGACGGAGAAGAAUGUCAACCUCAGAGAGUUGUGUGCUGCAGGCAAUGCCGCUGCGCCCAACGUGAUCAUCACGAGUUACGGAGUCGUGCUCGCAGAGCACCGUCACCAUACGUCCACCGUCCUGUCUCAAAUGGGCUCGGGUGGCUUGUUCUCUCUGGACUUCUUUCGGAUCAUCAUCGACGAAGCUCAUAUGAUCAAGAACCGUCAGUCCAAAUCCGCAAAGGCGUGCUACGACCUGAGCGCAACACAUCGGUGGGUCCUCACCGGCACACCGAUCGUCAACCGUUUGGAGGAUCUAUUCAGUCUGGUGCGGUUCCUGAAGGUCGAGCCAUGGAACAACUUCUCCUUCUGGAAAACAUUCAUCACCGUGCCAUUCGAGUCGAAAGACUACGUGCGCGCUCUGAAUGUUGUACAGACAGUGCUUGAGCCGCUGGUCCUCCGUCGGACCAAGACCAUGAAGACACCUGACGGCGAGCCCCUGGUACCGCUGCCACGGAGAACAAUUCAGAUCGAAGAGGUCGAGCUUCCGGAGCAAGAGCGUGAGAUCUACGACCUAAUUUACACCCGGGCUAAGCAGACCUUCAACAGCAAUGUUGAAGCCGGUACCUUACUGAAGUCGUACUCGACAAUCUUCGCACAGAUCCUUCGUCUCCGUCAGACGUGUUGUCAUCCCAUCCUCACGCGCAACAAGGCGAUCGUGGCCGACGAGGAAGACGCCGCCGCCGCCGCCGAUGGAGCUAGUGAUCUCAAGGACGACAUGGACCUGCAGGAGCUGAUCGACCGCUUCAAAGCCACCACCGAAGCAGCAGGCACCGAGCAGGCCCACGACUCUCAAGCCAAAUUCACCUCGCACGCACUGCGACAGAUCCAGACCGAGUCCAGCGGGGAGUGUCCGAUCUGCUCCGAAGAGCCCAUGAUUGACCCCGCCGUGACGGCGUGCUGGCACAGUGCAUGCAAAAAAUGUCUCGAAGACUACAUCCGCCACCAGACGGACAAAGGGAUGCCACCGCGGUGCUUCUCCUGCCGCGCACCGGUCACCUCCAAGGACAUCUUCGAGGUGAUCCGCCACCAAUCGCAGUCGCAGUCCCCGGUAUCCACCACGCCCACGACCGAAGAAACCGAUCUCUACAACAGCACGCCGCCGCUCAGCUCGCAAGCACCGCCGCGCAUCUCCCUGCGGCGCAUCAACCCUCUUUCCCCCUCCGCACACACCUCGGCCAAGAUCCACGCCCUCCUCACCCACAUCACCCGCCUCCCCGCCACCAACAAAGCCGUCGUCUUCUCGCAGUUCACCAGCUUCCUGGAUCUCAUCUCCCCGCAAUUGACGCGGGCCGGGAUCUCGCACGUCCGGCUGGACGGCACGAUGCCGCAGAAAGCCCGCGCCGAGACCCUGGCGCAGUUCAACCAGACGGAAACCUUCCUGUCUGAGGAAGACGACGUCGCCGACGUCGUCGACAAGGAGGAGGAGGGGACACGCAGCGCCAAACCAAGGCGAAAGCCCAACGCCCCGAACUCCGCAUCCACGGCAACCCCCCGCGUCCUCCUGAUCAGUCUCCGCGCCGGCGGCGUGGGCCUCAACCUCACCGUCGCCAACCACGUGUUCAUGAUGGACCCCUGGUGGAGCUUCGCGAUCGAGGCCCAGGCGAUCGACCGCGUGCACCGCAUGGGCCAGCUGCGCGAUGUCUCCGUCACGCGGUUCGUGGUCAAGGACUCGAUCGAGGGCCGGAUGCUGCGGGUGCAGGAGCGCAAGAUGAACAUCGCCGGGUCGCUGGGGCUGCGGGUCGGCGGGGACGGGUCCGAGGAUGAGAAGAAGAAGGAGCGGAUCGAGGAGUUGCGGUUGUUAUUCGAGUAGCCUGGGCGUGAAGUGUCUGGGCACGUCAGUGCCUUAGGUGCUGGUUCCUCGGUACAGCUGCUAGUGAUUGGGGGGAGAUGGCGUAGAGAAGGGUUUGGGGACUGUACAUGAUACCAUUGCAUUUCGGGCUUGUUGGAUAGGAUACGAUAGGAUAGGAGCUGUAGAUUAAUGCCACUGAUCC